UUUGGUACCCUCUCCAGGCCCCAAGAGGGGCAUGGUCUGGUGAGCUCUGGUACAGCUGAACAAACACUCAAGCAAUGUAGUGGGGACAGUGCUAAGCCCUCCACAGGAUCCAUUCUGGGUUACCUGGAGUUGGGGAAUAUGGAAUGGAAGAUCUCAAAUGAUUCCAAAGACAAAUUUGUACAGUCCAAGACCUUCCCUUACUGCAGCUUCCUUCCUUGCAGGUCUCAGAAGAGAAACACGGACCCCCAGACUCCAGUCUACCCCAAAUUCCUGUACUCCAAGGAUGCUGUACCUUCUCAACCUUGCUUCCAUUCUCCAAACAGUGCCCAGAGCUCACCAUGCACCAUGCCUCCACCAUACACUCUUUAUCUACCGCUUGUUUCUCCCAGAUCCUGGGUCCUUCAUCAACACAGCAACCACCAGAAGCCCUCCACCUUAAUACAAACCCCCACCUUUCCCCCAACCUCCAAGUCUUCUCAGUCUGUCCUCUCUUCCCAGGGCCCCAUCCCUCUCCAGUUAUCCACUACUUCCCAAACCCCAAGCCAGGCCCAACCCCGUGAACUUCCUGAGAGUCAAGGCCUCAACCAAGCCUCUGUCCUCCAAAGGACCCCAGGCCCUUCCAAAGUCUGCAGAGUUUCCUGAAACCCAGGCCUAACCACAAACCCAGACCUCCCCAAGAACCCAGGCCUUGCUCAAGACCAAGGCCUCCACAAGCUUCCAGGCUUUACCCAAGAUGCUGGAAUUGACAGGGGCUCAGAACAUACCCAUGACCCUAGCUUACACAAGUACUGUGGAAUUCAUCGAGAUCCUGACCCCAGAAGAGUCCAGCCCCUACUCAAUACUCUGGCUUAUUCAAGAGAUCAGGCCUCCAUAACAACUCAUGCCUUAUCCCAAAUCCUGGCCUCCAUAAGAACCCUUUAGGA